AUGAGUUCUAAUACAAAUACUCAAACAUUUCAACCUGUAGGAAAGGCAUUACCAAGAGAGAUCAUCAAAUGGAUUCAAGGCCUUGAUCUAAGUUAUUCCGUAAAGGAUCCUAAAAGAGACUUGAGCAAUGGUUUUUUGAUUGCUGAAAUAUUCUCACGGUAUUAUCCUGGGAGAGUAUAAAUGCACUCAUUUGAUAACUCAUAAAAGGAUGAAAGAAGAUCGAACAAUUAUUAACAAUUAGAGCUCUUUUUUAAAAAGAAUGACAUAGUGAUUCCUAAUCAUAAAGGAUUUGCUGAAAUUUUGGAUAAUGAUUGGAGUGCACUUUACAAUUUUCUUGUCAGCAUUUAUAGUUUCUUAACACAAAGAAAGGUUAUCAAUCCUCCUUUGGCAUCUUAUGUGAAUUCAAAGGAAUUUGCCACUUCUACUCAAAAUACUUAGACUUUUCUUUUAAAAGAAAAAGGAAUAGAGAAAUUGCAAGAAGAGUAGAAACAAGAAGAUUAGUUCUAAAAAGAAUAGCUUUCUGAAAAGCAUGCACCAUUGUCGGUUUCAUCUAAAAGAACUAAUUUCAUGAGGGUUCCAAGCAAACCGAUAAGUUAAAAUUUGGAAAAUCUAAACUAUCAAAUUGAAGUCAAAAAUAUCAGUUACAGACCUGUUCAAGGCAGUUUAUUGAAGUUGAAGGAGGAAUAAUAGCAAUUAGAGAAAUAAUAGGAAAAGCUAAAUUCAAAUAAUGAUAGAUAAAUACAGGAUUCAUUUUAAAAAACACCAAUGGAUGAAAACAAGCGAGAAGCAACAUCAACAAGAGAGAAAUAAUUAGAUAAAUCCAUCUAUGAUAUUUUAAAUGAAGCAUUAACACAAAGACAGCAAUUCCCUUAAUUUGCACAAACAGUUUAAUUUAAAUAGAAUGGUACUGCUCUAUAGAGUUUCAUUGAUCUAAUUGAUAUAUAUCCCGAAGAUUUUGUAAAUGGGUUUUUUUAAGAAUUGAUAACAUAAAAAGAAGCAUAUAUAAAUUUCAUCUUCAAAGACACAAAUGAAGUAUGGAAAUUUUUUAAAUUUACCUUUUAAUGCAUCUAAAAUUUACCAGUUUAAAGAGUUCAUGUUUGUAUUGAUUUGGUCAAUUAAUUUGGAGCAAGAUCAUUAUAAAAGGAUGCAUUAAAAACAAGAUCCUUAUUUUUGGAAUUCUUUUUACCAGAAAUCUGUAAUCUAAUUAAAUAAAGUGUCUUUUUUGAAAAGAAAUAGCUUCUUAUAUAAAUGAUUUGCUCCUUCUAAGAACCUUAGUUUAAAUAUUAGGUUAUUUAGACAAUGAAAUCGAAUUUGUCAGUUGAACAUUUUAUGCAAUGUUUGGCUGUCUUUUCAGGAUUUGAAUAAGAAUCAUCAGAAUUGUGGAAUGAUAUGAAAAGAUAUGGAUAUAUCUAUUUUCUAUCCGCUUCAACAUCUUUGAGUUCAAGUGCAUUAGCAAUUUUGUGUAAUGCAGCCAAAGCUAACUCUUAAGUGAAAAUUGAUAGACAUGUUAUGGCUUUGGCCAAAAACAGAUGGUGGCAAAAUCGUUGUCUCUGUGUUAUAUUGUUUAGUGAAAUGAUUAGAGCAGUUAUUAAAACACCAAAUUACUAGAAUUUGAUUAAGUCUCCAUAACAAGGAUAGAAGUUCUUUUCCAUUGAAAAUGAUAGAAUUAUUUCUGAUCUAAAAGCCCAAGUCAAUCAUUUCUCUAAAGGAAUAGAAAUUGCAUCCUUACCUAUAGAUUCAGAUAUCCUUAUGACUCAAUCCUUAAUUCACAUUGUGGAUUUGUUAGGAGAUAGCAAAAUCUUAUUAGAGUUAUUCGUAAAGAUUGUUCUUGAAGUAUCUUAAGAAUCAAGAUAAUGGGCUUUAUUUAGUCAAGAGUAAUAGGAUGAAUAUGAUUUCUUUAUUCCAUCUGAUAAAAGCUUUAAAUUCAAAUUGAAUAUCAACUCACAAUAUGUGAAAUAAGUUUCAUUUUAAAUAUUAUUGCAUUUGGUUGAAUUACUCAACACAUAGAAACUAUUAAAUUUGCCAUUAGGUCAUUUUGAAUUACUUCAUUGGUGCUUCCAAAAUACAGAUUUUAAGAUAUAAAAUAUGGAAUCAUGUGAAUAGAUUGCUAAAGUAACUAAGGAAUAUGUUUAUUUGGGUUUGAGUGACCCAACUGUUUUAUUGUAUGCUAAUGAUUUAGCAAAACAAUUGCUUGAUUUAUAAUUUAAAGCCGAAGUUCAGAUUGAGAAUCAUGAUAAAAUAUUUGCUAAUUGUAUUAGAUUAGCAUUAAAGGCUGAGAAUGAUCAAGUAUUGAAUAACAUUGUUGAAUUUAUUGAAAAUUUAGUAGCAGAAUCUGGUUAGAGUGCUUCAGAUGGAUUGAAGAAUUUUAUACGAAGUGUUUAUGAUGAAUUAGACUAAAUGAAUCCUUCACCAUUAUCAAACCCAAAGAUUUCUAAAUGCUUUGAAAGAAUAAAUGAUAGACCCUAUUAGUCACCACACCCAGAUGUUUCAGAUGUUUAAGUAUAAGAUGAAUAAUAAUCUGAUUUUUAAUAUUGA